CUGCAUCGGGGCAGACCUCCCGAAGUCCCCAUAAACUCCUGGAAGCCACCAAACGUGGUGAACCUAAUAGGAGCCAGACAGUUGACUGGAUAUGGGCGUUUCAGCCAUUUGUUCCCAACGUCUUUUUAUCAACACAUCAAGAUGCACAAGAGAAUUCUGGGUCAUUUAUCAUCUGUGUAUUGUAUAGCAUUUGAUCGUACCGGGAGACGAAUUUUCACUGGUUCAGAUGAUUGCUUGGUGAAAAUUUGGGCUGCAGAUAACGGACGCUUGCUUUCAACCCUCCGAGGACAUUCGGCUGAAAUUUCUGACAUGGCUGUCAGUUAUGAGAACACCCUCCUUGCGGCAGGCAGUUGUGACAAGGUAGUCAGAGUCUGGUGUCUUCGAACUUGUGCGCCAGUGGCGGUGCUGUUGGGCCACUCGGCUUCCAUUACUUCCAUACAGUUUUCCCCUGCAAGAAAAGGAACAACUCGAUACCUCACUUCUACUGGUGCUGAUGGAACAAUUUGUUUCUGGCAAUGGCAUGUAAACACAAUGAAAUUCAAGGAUCGGCCGGUGAAAUUUACAGAGAGAUCCAGACCUGGCGUUCAAAUAUCUUGUUCAUCUUUUAGUUCUGGUGGCAUGUUUAUUGCAACAGGAAGCACAGACCACGUGAUCCGAAUAUAUUAUUCAGGCUCUGAAUCUCCUGAAAAAAUAGCAGAGCUAGAAUCUCACAUGGACAAGGUUGUUGCCGUUCAGUUCUGCAACAAUGGAGACAGGUUAAGAUUUGUCAGUGGAAGCAGAGAUGGUACAGCCAGAGUUUGGCAAUACCAGCAGCAAGAAUGGAAGAAUAUCGUCCUGGAUAUGGCCACUAAAAUGACUGGGAACAACGUCCUGUCUGGAGAAGACAAAGUGUCCAAGCUGAAGGUGACAAUGGUAGCCUGGGAUCGUUACGAUGCCACUGUUAUCACAGCAGUGAACAACUUCCUUCUGAAAGUGUGGAAUUCUUCUACUGGACAGCUUCUCCAUACUUUAUCUGGCCACGAUGACGAAGUGUUUGUUUUAGAAGCUCACCCAUUUGACCAAAGGAUCAUGCUUUCUGCGGGCCACGAUGGGAACAUUUUCAUUUGGGACCUUGAGAAAGGAACAAAAAUUCGCAAUUACUUCAAUAUGAUCGAGGGCCAGGGCCACGGUGCAGUAUUUGACUGCAAAUUCUCCCCAGAUGCUCAGCAUUUUGCUUGCACAGAUUCACACGGCCACCUCUUGCUGUUUGGUUUUGGGUGCAAUAAGUACUUUGAAAAGAUUCCAGAUCAGAUGUUCUUCCAUACCGAUUAUCGGCCGUUGAUCCGUGACGCUAACAAUUAUGUGCUCGAUGAACAAACCCAACAAGCCCCACAUCUCAUGCCUCCCCCCUUCUUGGUAGAUGUGGAUGGGAACCCCCACCCCACAAGAUCCCAGCGACUGGUGCCAGGGCGGGAAAACUGCAAAGACGAACAACUUAUCCCUCAACUGGGCUACGUAGCAAACGGUGAUGGGGAAGUGGUGGAGCAGGUGAUCGGGCAACAGACCAACGAUCAAGACGAGAGCAUCCUCGAUGGGAUGAUUAGGGAGCUGCAGCGGGAGCAAGAUCAGAGAAGGAUCGGCGACAGGGACGCCCCUCCAAACCCUCCGCGGAGCAGAUCGCAGUCUGUGAGCAGUAAGAUUUUGAGGAGCCCAAGCUUGGAUAUGGCUUCCCCCACAAACGUCGGGCUCAGACGGAGUGGCCAGAUCGAAGGGGUCCGUCAGAUGCACCACAAUGCUCCGAGAAGCCAGAUGGCCACAGAGAGAGAUCUCAUGGCAUGGAGUAGGAGGGUAGUAGUAAACGAGCUGCCUGUUGGACUUAGCAGAGUUCAGGAAGAAUGCCGAGCAGCCAAAGGUGAAUUGGAAAUCCACCUGUAUACUCUUGAAAAGAAGAGAAAGCCAUCUCACACUUUGCAGAGGAGCGAUUAUCAACCCGGUAGUGGGCGGUCUUUGCGCAGAAACCAGCGCAAGCGGCAACACGCUUACCAGACGCGUUCCACCAUUGAACAUCACUCACAAAGUGCAAGGAGAAGUUCCCACACCCAGGAAGACUCGGAGAGCUCCUCAGACGACGAUGAUUCCGUGGGCACCAGUGAUGGCUCUGGAGAGGACAACGUAGCUGCGUGGCAGAGCGAAAGCAGCUCCAGCGAUUCGUCCAGCGAAUAUUCCGACUGGACCGCCGACGCUGGCAUCAACCUCCAGCCCCCGAAAAGGCAGACGAGACAAGCGGCUCGCCAGAUCUGCAGCAGCUCCGAAGAUGAGCACGUCAAAGAGACAAAAGGGCAGGAAGAGAAGCGCAAGAAACCCAAGCAGGCUCGGAAAAAGGUAAGCGGUGGAUUGCUGUCAGCGGAUGCUGAACCUACGGAAGAAUGGUUUGCUCCUCACUGGAUCUUGGACACCAUCCCGCGGCGUUCUCCUUUUGUCCCACAGAUGGGAGAUGAGAUAAUCUAUUUCAGGCAAGGGCACGAAGCUUACGUGCGUGCAGUUCGGAAAGCAAAAAUUUAUAGCGUUAACUUGCAAAAGCAGCCAUGGAAUAAAAUGGAACUCAGGGAACAAGAAUUUGUGAAGGUUGUAGGAAUUAAGUAUGAAGUUGGACCACCUACGCUGUGCUGCUUGAAGCUUGCCUUUCUUGACCCCAUCUCGGGCAAAAUGACGGGGGAAUCGUUUUCCAUAAAGUAUCAUGACAUGCCUGAUGUUAUUGACUUCCUUGUGUUGCAUCAAUUUUACAAUGAAGCCAAAGAAAGAAACUGGCAGAUCGGGGAUAGAUUUCGUAGCAUAAUUGAUGAUGCCUGGUGGUUUGGAACCGUAGAGAGUCAACAGCCAUUCCAAGCAGAAUAUCCAGACAGUUCCUUCCAGUGCUACAGUGUUCACUGGGACAACAAUGAAAGAGAAAAUAUGAGCCCCUGGGACAUGGAACCAAUUCCAGAAGGAACGGCUUAUCCAGAUGAGGUGGGGGCUGGGGUCCCCGUGACCACGGAGGAGCUGGCAUCUCUGCUGUACAAGCCCCAGGAAGGAGAGUGGGGCUCCCAUUCCCGAGAUGAAGAAUGCGUGCGGGUUCUCCGAGGCAUCGAUCAGCUUCUUUCCCUAGAGAUUUCUAAUCCCUUUGCGGUUCCAGUUGACCUUAGUGCCUAUCCUCUGUAUUGCACUGUUGUUGCUUAUCCAACUGACCUCACCACAAUAAGGAGAAGACUUGAAAACAGAUUUUACAGGUUGGAUGAAUGCUUGCUCUCAGUGGCAGAAGCAUCCCCUGAUUCAGAGGGUCCAGGAACUUCCUCUGGGAAACUAAUGGUAAGCAAGAUGAAAAGGCAACCGUCUAAAGGACACGUGGAUGCCUGGAAAGACCAGUGCAAGCAAUUACUAAGCCUGAUCUAUGAGCGUGAAGACUCCGAGCCAUUUCGUCAACCUGUUGAUCUCUUUUCUUACCCUGUGAGUUUUGCUUUUUUUUUUUCUGAGUUUGGGAGGACAGGAAAAACAUCCACCUGUGAAAAUGCAGUGCAAAAAUAUUCCUCUCAGGAUUAUCGAGAUAUUGUGGACACUCCCAUGGACUUCAGCACUGUGAAAGAAACUUUGGAAGCGGGUAAUUAUAUGAAUCCUCUCGAAUUCUACAAAGACAUCCGCUUGAUAUUCUACAACUCCAAAGCGUACACUCCCAAUAAGAAAUCAAGGAUCUAUAGCAUGACACUCCGACUCUCUGCCUUAUUUGAAAACCACAUCAAAACCAUCAUUUCCGAGUACAAGUCGGGUGUUCAGUGUCAGAAGAGGCGAAGGCCGCGGUUGCGGUACCGAAAGAGGCUCCGAAGCAGUAGCAGCGGUUCUUCCUCUAGCAGCAGAGAGCCAAGCCCAAAAGGAAAACAGAAACAACUGAAGAUGCAGCCUAAAACAAACUUGAAUACCUCACUGCCUUUAACUAGGACUAAUUCUUCAGUUUCAUCUCAUGAUACAGAGGAAGCCCCUGGUUCACCUACUGCCGAAGAGAUGGAAAGGCACUCCUCGCCUGGCUCCAACAGCAGCCAGGAUCGUAGUGGAAAUGACGUGGAAGCAGGGAAAAACAAGCCGGUGAGAAAUAAAUCCACGCCAGUGAAACAAGAUCAGCCUUCCGAAAAGCCUCUGACGAACGGGGACGGGAAAGAAUCUCGAACGGGGGUCAAGAGGAAGAUGUCCAGUGCCUCCGAAGAGGAGGAGGAGGACGAGGGGAGCCAAGAGAAGAGAGAACCGAAAGGAAAACCUGGCUUGUCCUCCGACAGCGGAGACUCGCGCUCGGGCUCCAGUUCCGAAAGCAGAGCUGGCUCUGAUUCAGAUUCAGAAUCCAGCUCUCGGACAGAUCAAGACUACAUCGAUGGAGACCACGACUACAGCAAAUCCGUGCAAGUGAAGCCGAGAAGAAAGCUUCAGAGGAGCCUCCCCAGAGGGCGGAGAAAUUGGCAGGGCCGGGGGACCGGAAGGCGAGGGCGCUGGGGCCGAUGGGGGAGAUGGAGCCGAGGGGGCCGAGGCAGCCGGGGAGGAAGAGGAUGCAGCCAGGGGCGAAGAGGAGGCCGGGGAGGAAGAAGAGGCCGCGGGAGAGGAGCCUCGCGGGCCAAGCGCCCCCGCAUGGCCGAGGACGAGUUCGAGAACCUUUUUGGCGGCCGCUUCAACGAGAACGCCUUUGGCGGGCGCUUCAGCCGGCCCCCUCGGAUUAAGACCAGGAACGAAGGCCGGCGGACUGUUUUAUACAACGACGAUUCGGACAAUGACACUUUCGUCCACACCGAGGAUCCCCUGAACCUCGGUACUUCCAGGUCGGGCAGGGUACGGAAAAUGACCGAGAAGGCCAGGGUUAGCCAUCUGAUGGGAUGGAAUUAUUAA